AUGUCUAUGGACAGGAGAGUGGCACAGUCUGUACCAAACAUAUUUUUCAAGUUAAAGAAAAUUCAGUUAAAAAACAUAAGUGAUAAGGUGAAUCUUGCUUUAAGAAGGUGUCAAUCAGAAGGGAAAAAAUGGACAGCAAAAGAUGUACUGAAUCCUUACACUGUAAAUGAUCUUGUAAGAUUGGAUGAAGGUUAUUAUAUCUUUAGAAGUUUAAGAAACUCUCCAGUCUACCUUGAAAAGAGGAAGAAAGAUUUGUUUGCGAUGAUCAGACAAUUGGGUCUUCCAACAUGGUUUGGCUCUCUUUCAUCUGCAGACACUAAUUGGAAAGAUUUGUUAAGAAUUCUUGGCAAAUUAAAUGAUGGCAAAGAAUAUACUGACAAUGAAUUGGAAGAAAUGGAUUGGCAUCAGAAAUCUAAACUUGUUCAGAAAGACCCUGUGACAUGCUCUAGAUAUUUUGAUUAUCGUGUCCAACAGUUUAUUAACUUGGUGUUGAAAAGUGAUCAUGAUCCUAUUGGAAAACUGACAGAUUGUUUUUAUAGAGUUGAAUUUCAACAGAGAGAUUCACCGCAUAUUCAUAUUUUGAUCUGGAUUGAAAAUGCACCAGUAUAUGAAAGCGAUUCAAAUGAAGAUGUUGUAGCAUUUAUUGAUAAAUAUGUCUCCUGUUCACUUUUAGAAAAUGACACUAGUUUAGUCAAUUUGCAGGUUCAUAAGCAUUCAAAAACAUGCAGAAAAAAAGGUCACCCAAUUUGUCGUUUUGGUUUCCCCCUUCCACCUAUGAAAGCAACAGUAAUCUUAGAGCCUUUGAAAGAAGAUGAUGACAUAGAAAAGUUCAAAGCUAUAUAUAAAGAAAUACAAAACGAAAUUAAUACACUUCACAAUUCUGAAGAUAUAGACCAGAUGACAUAUGACAUGUUUUUAAAUGAUGUGUUAGAAAUAAAUGAAGAAAAUUACAUAAAGGCCAUAAGAAGCAACUUGAGUGGUCCAAAAGUUUUUCUCAAACGAAAACCAUCUGAAGUCCGUGUUCAUGGUUACAUGAAAACAGUGUUGGUAGCUUGGCAAGCUAAUCAUGAUUUACAGUUUGUUUUAGAUGCAUUUGCAUGUGCAGUGUAUAUUGUUUCAUACAUAAGCAAAUCACAAAAAGGUAUGAGUGCAUUACUAGACCAAGCAGCAAAAGAAGCACGACAGGGUAAUUUAGACUUGAAGCAUCAAGUAAGGCACAUUGGGAAUUACUUUUCAAAUUCAGUUGAAACAAGUGCACAAGAAGCAACAUACUUAACACUACAUAUGCCUUUAACAAAAGCUACAAGGCAAGUUGUAUUCAUUAAUACAUCUCCACAACACAAAAGAACCUUCCUCCUUAAGCAAUCAUCAGCUCUAGAAAAACUAGGCGCAGACUCUACUGAAAUAGAAUCAGACAAUGAUAUUAAAAGAUACUCACGAAGACCAAAGCAACUGGAAAACUGGUGUCUAGCAGACUAUGUAUCUCAGCUUGAAUUGCAAUAUCCUAAAACUUCAGAGUCUUUAGAGCAUGAAACAGAAAUACAGGAAAAUGAAUCUGAAAGUGAAAAUGAAGAGGCAAAUGCAGAUGUUGUAGAAGAAAACAAGAUCGACAUAACCCUGAAAAAUGGUAUUAGAAUAUACCAAAGAAAAAUACCCAAGGUGAUAAGAUAUGUUAAGUAUAAUUACAAGACUGAUUCUGAAAAUUUCUACAGAGAACGCUUAAUGUUAUUUUAUCCAUGGAGAAAUGAACUUUCAGAUUUGCAAUGUGGACAUGAAACAUUUGAAAAAAUGUACUUGACUGUUGCUAGACUGUUAGAAAAAAAAGCUAAGCAAUAUGAAGGAAAAGUAAUUGAUCUUGAGAAAGCUAUUGAAGAGGCAGAAAAUGAUUGUAAUGAUAAUGAUCAAAUAGCACCUGCCACUCAGCAAGUAGAAAUGGAAGAUGCAGAAAUAGGCCCAAAAGAAUCUGAACAAUAUGUUCAUUUCAAUCCAGAUAGACCAACAGAACAUAGACUGUAUGAUAUGUCUCGUGAAGUUGGAAUUGAAGCAAGAACAGUAGAAUUGACAAAUCAUGCCAACAGAAUAAGUGAGAGUGAUUAUUUUGCAUUGAUAAGAUCCUUAAAUAAGAAACAGUGGGAAUUUUUUCAACAUGUUAUCACAUGGAUUAAAACAAAAAAUGAACCAUUUUAUACAUUUUUGACAGGUGGAGCAGGAUGUGGAAAAUCUGUUGUUGUCAGAACAAUAUUUCAAGCUUUACACAGACACUUAUGUUCUAUUGAAGGUGAGGACCCUGACGAUAUAAGAAUUCUUCUUUGUGCUCCUACUGGAAAGGCAGCUUACAAUAUAAAUGGCCUGACCAUUCACAAUGCUUUCCAGAUACAACCAAAUAAAGGACUUGACCAGUCACUGUCAUGUGAUGUUCUCAAUACACUCAGAAUGAAAUAUAGAAAUUUGUCUCUGAUUUUGAUAGAUGAAAUUUCAAUGGUUGGUAACAAAAUGUUCUCUUUACUGGAGAGAAGGCUGAAAAAAAUUAAGGGAAGCAACUGUUCAUUUGGUGGUGUGAGUAUCAUAGCUAUUGGUGACUUUUUCCAACUCCAACCUGUAUUUGACAGCUGGAUUUUCAAUGAUCUAAGCAAAGGUUUAACAGCAUUAGCUCCUAAUUACUGGAAACUAUUAUUUUCUUUUCAUGAACUUACUGAAAUAAUGAGACAAAAAGAUGAUUUAGAAUUUGCUCAAUUACUAAAUAGGUUGAGACAAAAUCAGCUGACUGAAAAUGAUUUUGCAAUAUUAAGUACCAGAACUGUUUCAAUCACUGAUCCAACAUACAGAACUAAUGCUACUCAUUUGUUUGUUGAAAAUGCUUUAGUGGAUAAUUUUAAUUUACAAUACAUAUCUAAAUUAUGCUCACAGAAAGUUAAAGUUAAAGCAGUUGACACAGUUUGUGGGGAUUUACCACCAUCUGUAAAGACAAAAUUACUUAGCUCUUUACCAGAAAAACAAUCUGAUACAGCCAAUCUUGCAAAAGAAGUAGUAUUAGCAAUUGGGAUGAAAUAUGACCUUACAGCUAAUAUUGAAGUCACUGAUGGUCUCACAAAUGGUUCAACCUGUGAACUUAAAUUGAUUGAGUGCAAAACUACAUCUUUAAGACCAAGUAUAAUAUGGGUUAAGUUUGAGGAUGCCAGAAUUAGUGCUAUCAAUAGAAGAAAAUAUUCACACUUGUAUGGAAAAGAUGUUGAAAAAACAUGGACACCAAUGUUUGACAUUAAAAGAUCAUUUACUUAUAAAUAUAAGACCUUCGAAAGAAUUCAGUUUCCUCUUCGUCCAGCAGCUGGAAAAACAAUUCAUAAAUCCCAAGGAGACACAUUAUAA